CCAACUCCUCAGUUUCAACAUGAAAGGGCUCCUCUUCUGCUGCCUUGUGGCCCUGGCCACAUGUCAAAGUGUCCGAUACGAGCUCAGCCUGAACCCAAAGAAAACCUACGAGUACAGAUAUGAGGGAAUGGUGAAUUUUGGACUCGGGAUGCCAAACCUUGCUGAAUCUGGUGUGAGAAUAACGUGCAAGCUCAAGAUCGCUGGUGUGUCUGAACGAACAUUCCUCCUUCAGCUUUCAGAUUUGGCCUUCGAGGAGUUCAAUGGCUUCCCGGGGAAAAACAGCUUUAAUGCUUCCCCAAAGCUCACCAAGCAUAUUGCUGCCCAUCUCAUCAAACCCUUCAUGUUUGACUAUGCUGGUGGACACGUUAGUAACAUCAAUGCCGCUGCUGAGAUUCCUGACACGAUUGUCAACAUUGUGAGAGGGAUACUGGGUUUGUUCCAAGUCACUCUGAAGACCACACAGAGGGUCUAUCAGCUCGAAGAGGCUGGCAUCCAUGGCAAGUGUCAGAGUAACUAUGCAACUGAAGAAAACGGGGAAACAAAGGAAAUGACCAUCACUCAGGUUGUGGAUGUCAUUAACUGCAAGGAGAGAGCAGCCAUGUAUAGAGGAAUGGCCACUGCUGUGCUCGAUGAAGUUGCCAAGCAGAGAGGGGAAUCUGUCAUUUCAACAGUGAGAUAUGUUUACACAGUCAAGCCAACAGCAGAGGGAGGCCUCAUUACCAGGGCUCAUGGCCUGGAGCAGCAGCAUUUCAGUCCCUUCAAUGUGAAGGGCGGCAGUUUCAAGAUGCAAGCCGUGAAGGAAAUAGUGCUGCUCGGCGUGAGUGACACAGCGAGAGCCGUCACGUUUGGGCCAAUGGAAAGCAAGGGCAACCUUGUUUACAAGUUUGUCAGCUCAGAAGUUAAUGUCCCCAUUAUGAUGCAGAGCCUAGAAGACCCAGUGCCAAAGGCUAUUGAGCUGGUCAAGCAUCUGGCUGAGGUUAAUCGCUACCAGAUUGACAGUGCAACUACAGAGGAGGCUAUAAAGCUGUAUCAACUCCUGCGAGCGAUGCCUUAUGAGGGAUUGGAGGAUAUGUGGAAGCAACUUGCAGGAAAUGAAGAGCAUAGACGUUGGUUUUUGGACAUGGUUGUUGAGGUCAAUGAUGCCAGAAUCCUGAAUUUCCUGGAAGCGAGGUUCCAGGCUCAAGACAUAUCUGCAAGUGAAGCUCUGCAAACCCUUUUGCUGUCCAUUAACCAUCUCAAGGCCAUUCCUGAUCUGGUUGAGAUGGCUAAAAUGUUCCUCAGCAUGCCCUUUAGCAAAUCCAGCAUCUAUCUGUGGCAUACAGUGGUGCUUUCCUAUGGCUCUCUGGUGUACAAGCACUGUGCCUAUUACACACCUUGUCCAGUAUCUGCUGUGCAGCCACUGCUGGACAUGGCUGUGGAAAGUCUGAGGAAUGGCAAUGAGGAAAACAUGGUCAUCGCUCUGAAAGCUCUGGGGAACGCAGGUCAUCCAGGCAGCAUUAAAACAAUCAUGCGCUUCCUCCCCGGAGUUGCUGCCACCCCUGUGGAUCUUCCACCUCGUGUGCUGAGUGCUGCCGUGCAGUCUAUGAGACUCAUAGCUGCCAGAGACCCUCACAGUGUCCAAGACAUCACCUUGAAUCUGUUCGUGCAGAAGAACCUAACCACUGAGAUACGCAUGCUGGCCUUCAUGAUCUUGUUUGACACUAAGCCAUCAAUGGCUCUAGUGUCCACAGUAACUGGACAUCUACAGGAGGAAAAAGACCUCCAUCUUGUCAGUUUUGCAUACUCCUACUUGAGAAGCAUUGCCAGAUCCAGUACGCCAAACAACCAAUUCCUCUCAACUGCCUGCAGCGUAGCCGCGAAAAUCCUGGCCCCUAAAUUCGGUCGUCUCAGCUAUCACUACAGCAAAGCAGUGCGCAUGGACUGGUUUAAUGAUGAUUUCCUUAUCGGUACUGCUGCUGAAGUCUUCAUGCUGAGAAGUGCAACAAACAACUUCCCCACUGAAAUCAUGUUGAAAGGAAAAUUUUACUUCAUUGGUAGAAUUCUGCAGCUUCUGGAGAUUGGUGUCCGUGCUGAAGGACUUAAGGAGCUGCUUGACACCGGCAUCCCUAGUUUUAAAGGAGAUCUUAGUUUCAGUGACUUCCAGGCUAUUCUAAAUGUGCUUCAAAACUGGGAAAUUCUGCCCAAUGAUAAGCCCAUCCUGUCCGCCUAUUCUCGCGCGUCUGGACAAGAGUGCUUCUUUGCUGAUCUUAACAAAGCAACCAUUCAGGACAUCAUCAUGGCUCUUAGUCCUUCUGCAGGGAAAGAGAGCCCUCUGUGGGCUGUGAUCGAGAAUCUACAGAAGGGGGUGUCAUGGCAUCGGACAAAGCCGUUCUUAAUCUUUGAGGUUCGCUACUUCCAAGCUACCACCCUUGGUCUCCCCCUGGAGAUUAGCAAAUAUUACGAAACCAUCAAUGGGAUAACAGUUAAUGCCAAAGCCACAGUAAAUCCACCACUGACUGAACAUCUUGGACAACUGUUGACUUCUGACAUUUCACUGGAGUCUGAUGGUUUUAUUGGUUUCACAAAGGAUUUUUGGGUUUUCUAUGGGAUCAACACAGAGCUGUUCCAGUGCGGUACUGAGCUUAAGAGCAAAUCGCCCAUUGCUAUCCCGUGGAACUUUGCUGUCAAGAUUAAUGUCAGAGAGAAGAAGUUUCAACUCGACAUUCCUUCAUGCAAAAAAGAGUUUGAACUCUUUUCAGUCAGCUCCAAUGUGUACGCAGUCUCCAGGAACAUUGAAGAGCCAGCUUUGGCUAAAAUGACUCCAAUAAUGCCCACAGCCAUUGAUUCCAAUCAUGAAGUCGUCCGCAAGGACCCCACAGUUGUGAGGCCUGAGUCAGAUGAGAUCCUGGCAGCAAACACCUGGCAUCCAAUAUCCAAAAUGUGUACCAAGAGUAACAUUUAUGGAGCUGGUCUGUGUGUGGAGUCUGAGUUAAGGAGAGAGUAUUAUCACGAGGAAUACCCCCUCUACUAUUUCCUGGGAUACACCCACAUGGCAUUCAAAGUAGUCCCAGCACAGGCAAUCAAAGCUGUUGACAAAAUCCACUUUGAGGUUAAUGCUGGCCCGAGCAGAGACCCAAUGAGUGCACGCCAACUGCUUGAGACUCUGAGGAGGCUUUCCAAGGAAGCCACCCAGCGAGUAAAUCUGACCUCUGAUUCAGCCUCGAGCGUCACAGAAUCUCCUCACAGCCGUCGUGACAACAUAAUGGAGGGUUCGGACUCAACACCUGAAGCUGUGUUCAAUAUCAAAGCAUUGGCCAUGAGUGGCAACCAGAAGCCCGAGGGUUAUGAUGCAGCCUUCUACUACACACCUGAGGCAAACAUUCAGAACACCCAGCUGAUUGUGUCCCAGGUCGGGGAAGACACCAACUGGAAGAUGUGCGUUGACACCACUGUGGAUGCCCAUGACGAGGCAAAGGCACACAUUAGAUGGGGAGCUGAAUGUCAGUCCUAUAAAAUGUCAAUGAAAUAUGCAACUGCACAUCUGCCUGGCUCCAAGCCAACACUCAAGGCCAAAGUGCACUGGACCAGGAUCCCGGAGAGCAUGGCGGAGACGGGCAGAAGAAUUGAAAGCUACGUCCCAGGCAUGGCUUUACUUCUCGGCUUCUACCAGCAGCAUGAGAGAAAUGCCGGGCAGGAGGUUUCUGCAUCAGUUGUUGCCGCCUCAGCAGACAGCGUCGAUGUGAAGAUUAAAUUCCCAGAGUACACAGUCUACCGCCAGGCUAUUCCGGUUCCUCUGCCACCUACCAGCUCUCUGGAGCUUCAGCCCAACAUCACAAACACCACAAUAGGCAGCUUUGGACGUGCAUAAAAACAUAAAGACAACAAAGCCCAGAUGGGAGCCAGAUGCCUCUUUUCACAGUGAUAACGCCACAACCAAAAUCUCACCACCAUGAUGAAAGUGAGGAUCAUAAAAGAUGCAUCAGUAAUCCGUCAGAUGUCACCAGUUUGGAAAUAACCUGUGAAGGUCCUGAUUUAUUCAUCUGAAAUCCUGUUAAUAUUUGAAGGCCCUCUUUUAAUGAAAUAUUGUGUAAAUUCAUGCUUCUGCCCCAAAAUAUUGUAGCUUCAUAACACAGGAUUCACUAAAACCUGUUUCAGCAAGUUUUGUUUUUCCUCUCUGAUCCUGUCAAUAUAAAUCUGUGCUC